CGAGGAAACAAGACCGCCAACAAAUCGCUCCAAAUGACUAUCGGUUCGGUGUGUUACUACUUGAGCUUCUCGUUCGCUACCACUAUUGCAGCAUUUCAUUUUAUCUGCCUCAACCGGAACAGUGCGCAAUGCACCUUGAACAAUCUGUUUCCCGAAUAUGAAGGAACGUUUGUCCUGAACCACAUACCGGAGCACGUGCAUAUACUGAUUUUCUCGCAGCUUAUGGCCAAGACUGUCGAUCACAACAUUCUCAGCAAUUUAUCACCAACGAUCAAGCACGUGUUUAUGACUGAAUCUGCUGUUAUGAGAAACAUCGUUGUACCGAGCAACAGUACAGUCGAGCAGUUGUUCAUCAUCCGAACCGGACUCGAAGCGAUAAGUUUCGAGGAAAAUGGUCUACUCGUGCUGCUGUGUAUAGAAAAAGCUCCACUCCAUCAGUUACCACCUACGUUGGUGAACUUGAAAAAUGUAUCUUACAUCAAAAUUAAUCAUACUCCAAUGGAAGAGCUCAACUUAAGUCUAAUUUGUAACCUUCGAAGUCUUGCGACGAUCGAUCUUAACUACAACAGGAUACACUACAUCACCAAUCCACAACACCAUGUCCAUGAAUGUGAUUCAAAGUUGAUAGAAAUCUCGCUAGCAAACAAUCGACUUACGACACUUUCCCCAGACGUAUUUGCACCGUUUGGCCGGCUGGAAAUGCUCAAACUGUCGGAUAAUAUGAUUGAGACAAUUUCGGGAGGGUUCCAAAACAACCUAACAGGUGAACUACAGCUCGACUAUAACAUGCUGUCGGCAUUAGAUCUGUGCAACUCACACCCAAUGCCAUACAUAACAACUCUUCGCGUAAAUCGAAACAAACUCAUCCACGUGCCGACGUGUUUGGAACGGUUGCCCAACAUAGAGGUUAUCACUCUCGAGCAUAAUCAACUGUCGAACAUUUCGAUCGACGAUUUUAAGCAACUGAAACAGUUGCACUACAUACGACUGUCCCUGAAUCCGAUCGUGUCGUUUAUGGUGCAUGAGCAUUCGCUGCCACCACGACUGGUCGAUAUAGACAUGCGGCACAAUUGUAUGGAGCAUUUGAACAUCUCACAAACGUUGGCGCAAAAGUUGAGAAUGCAUACUUAG